GUGGCUCGCAACACCAAUGAAGCUUCUAACAUGGCGUGAGUAACUAGAUUAUUAUUCGGUGCAAUCCUUGCUCUCGUGUAUGGGGCUGGGUUUUUCCAUAACUAUUGCCCGUUCCAGACCGCUGCAGAGCCAAGUUUCUUUAAGCCCCGUUUAUGAUAUUGAGCUCGGAACAUCCACUGUCAUUUUGGACUUCCUCGUACAGACAGUUGGAGUAUUUUGCGGGUGAUUUUUGAGGCGAAAUCUGACUAGAUAUUUCUGCCCAUUCUUGGUUUUGAGUCGGGGGCGCGAAUAAUAUUUGGAAGUUGUCCGGUUUAUCUGCUCUCUCUAGUCAAAGGGAUUCCAGAAUGCCGUUCGCUUAUUAAAUAUUGAUUUCCAUGCAACAUCGAGAUACAUUGCCUUAUUCAUCUGGUGCAACUUGCGGAAUCCUAGCGGCCACAACGGCCUCAGCCAAUCUUCUACCCUCGCUUUCGCCUGCUUCAAGCAACGGUGAGGAUAUGUGAAACCUUUCUUACCAACUGGCUUGCCCAUCCGCUAUACUGCCAUCGUCACCUCAUUUUGUGAACCUUGGACUUGUCGGACAGAUGUAAUAUUCUUUUCCAGCAAUUCCUUGCAAAACUUCACACCAGCAGGUGGAAGUGGGCCUACCCUCCCAACGGCAAAUACAUUGGUAGUGAACUCACCAUGCCACUGAAGACGCGACCAGACCCUUGGUUAAUAGGCUGGGGAGAACUCGCUAGGCCGGACGGUAGCUAUGAAUGCGCCAUGCAGAUUACUGAGGCUUUGAAUCCUGAGUAAGACUUUGAGCUGAUCCAUCUGGGCGCUGGGGAUAAGGAUCGGAUUUGAUGGGAAGGAACGACCUCCUCCAAUUAUAUACGCUGGACUUUCCUAAUUUCCUAAUAAGAUCUUUUCUCUAUUAUAUUUAUCUAUACCCAAACCGGAAACGUCGACCCGAUAUGACCAUGAGGAACCUGCCUAUCGUAGGUACGAAAUGGGAUAAGACUUUGCGCAAGACAGAGCUUUUUUUUCUUUAACUUUCCGCGUUUACACUCUAUCACACUUCAUCAAUAUCUAUAGUAUAUAGCAUAACAUGCUAUUUGGCGCAUUUCUUACUCUGCGCUACUUGCUGAUAAAUUGAUAUCUCUUAUCCCCCUGGCCACGUUGGAUACCACUCUGUGUAUACACAUGUUUUAAACAAUGUCCCAAACCCCAGUCCAAGAGGACAAUGUCGGUGCAAACAAUGGCGAUGAACAGCCUCGUGCUGAUGCUACUGCUGCAGGAGACGGUGGUGGUAAAAAGAAAAAGAACAUCUCCAUCUCAUGGCCCGCCUUAAAAUUUUCCAUGGGCAAUCUUACGGUGACCUUCCAACAAAUCAAUCUGGCCCGACUCUUUCGUCGGAAAAAGAAGGAAGACGCUGAUGGACCGCCCGAUCCGACUUUCAAAGAGGUUUUCAAACUGUACAAAAAGGAGUAUCAUGACGUAUGGGCAAGCGUCCUCUUUCUAUUAAAUGUGUUGGCAUUCAUUUCCCUCUCCUCCUUCGUCAUCGACAGAUACAUGAAAGGCGUCGACUUUGACGGCCAUACCGUCAAUGGUCCAUCGAAUAGCAUCGCGCUAGAUUUGAAUGUGUUACUGCUUCUCAGCAUUGCGUUACCACUCGCCUUUUCCGCGUCAGGGCUAUACUUUUCGAUCUUCUUAUUUUUGCCGGAUAAGUUGGUUUGGAUCACCGGAUUCUUGAAUGUUAGUGCGAGCUUUGGUACCGGUGCUGUAUAUCUCUAUAGGCGCCAAUGGGCUAUCGGAGGCACUUUUUCUGGCCUUGGACUCCUCGCGAUUAUCUACUUCGUGAACUGGAUACCACGAAUCCCUUUCACGGGAGUCUUGCUUCGAUCGUCAGCCGCUGUGGCCAGACAGCAUGGGUCGGUGAAUCUGAUAAGUAUUAUUGGAAGUAUCCUUACUACCGGAUUUUCCGCGUUGCUUUUCGUGACGCUCGUCACGACUUAUAUUGCAUUCGACCCAGACGAAAACAAGGCGAGCCCACUUUGUCAUAAUCUCAGAUGUAAAUCCAUUGUUACGAAGACACUAAUGACUUUUAUGGUGCUUUCCGCCUAUUGGUUUACCGAGUGGAUGAAGAGUACCAUGCACACGACAGUCGCUGGAGUGUAUGGCUCCUGGUAUUUUUAUGGUGGUAAUUCUGACGAGAUGCCAAAGCGACCUUUGAGAGGCGCUUCAAGACGGGCCAUCACUUACUCCUUUGGUAGCAUUUGCCUUGGGAGCUUGUUCGUCGGGGUGGUUGAUAUGCUCCGCCAACUAUGCACCAUAUUCAGACAGGAAGAAGCUAUCGGUCAAACUAUCAUUGGGAGAGCCACAUCUCAUGCUGUAAGAGGAGUUAUGAGCUCACUUCGACGGAUGACCCUAGCUUUCAAUCGAUAUGCAUUUUCCCAUAUGGCUCUGUACGGCAAACCCUAUGGAUCAGCCGCUAAGUUUACGUGGCAAAUGAUGGAAUACCGCGGUAUCGACGCCCUUGUCAACGAUAGUAUUGUUGGAACCACUAUUACUAUGGGGUCUCUCUUUGUUGGGUAUCUCUGUGCCUUUGUAUCUUACAUUGAGCUGGGAUACACGGUGCCGGACUUCAACAAAAGUGGGAGAUUCACACCCGCUAUCAUGGCAUACGCGUUCCUCUCUGGAUUUCAGAUCUGUAAAGCUUAUAUGACACCGGUGAUCAGUGGGGUGGAUACAAUGUUUAUGGCUAUGGGGCUGGAGCCGGAAGCGCUUGCGACGCGGCACCCAGAUCUGUGGGAGGCCCUGUUGGGGGUUUACCCUCGGAUACAGAAUACGAUCAAUCCCUGAUUGUUAUUUUUUCCCUUCCAUUGCCUCAGAGCAGUCUGCCGGGUGGUUGUUGGCACUUGGUGCUUUGGGUUCGGCAUUGUCUGAUUUUGGACUACGAAAAUCACUGUGGGAUGGAGUUUUUUCCUUUGUCUACUAUAUUGUCGCUUCCAUAUUGUUAUCACUAGAAAUGGUUCUCCGGCCUGUCACAUUGUCGCCCUCAGUGUCUUUCUGUCUCCAUUCGAGGAGUAUGUACAUUCGUUAGAAAAUCUCAAAUGGCCGGCUUAUCAUUCACUUGAUUGACUUUUCGAACAAGCAGUGACUUGUUUCAGCUCACCGGAGAACUAGCGUUAUUUUUAGGCCGCUCCCAU